AAAAAAAAACAUGGCGGGCAAAACAAAUUGUUGAAAAAUCAACACAAACAUACAGGACCCGUUUCAAAACCAGACAAUUAGGCCAUCGUAUUUUACCUUAGCUGAAGAUGUCAAACAAGAGACAAAGCAUCGCUCAAACUCCCAGGACUGCUAUAGGGGAAUACCUAGAUGCCUCAAGGACCCAUUCACAGAAAUUCAUCAGAAACAGACAUGAAGGUCUUAUAAGGACCCCUGAGCCUUUGCCAAGGCCGAGGCAUGCUCGAGUGUCUAGCCUGCGUGGUGAAAGACGACGGACGUCCCUGUCUACAAGUGUCAACGUUGAGGACACUCCAAGACAUCUGAUCGAGGGUUUUCUACAAGAGGAGCACAGUACAGCCCCCCUGGUGCGGGUCCAACGCCGGACAUCCCAGACUGGUGUGUCAACCAGUCAGCCUCCUCGUCUGGAUGUUGGUUCACCGAGGGUUGGGUCCCGCCCAGGAGCGAGGAGGUCUAUUCGGAGGUCUGGGUCUGGGUGGCAAGAAGGUGCCAACAUGUCCAUGGGUUUUGAUAGUGACACCCCGAGGACACUGCUUCAGAAUUUUAUGAGAAACACGUCACAAGAACGUUCAUCCGGCUUGAGCUCUCCCGACAUACAGCCCCUCGUCAAUGAUACAUACCACACACCAAGCCCAUUUCGUGAGAGCUCAGAAGGUUCAAUGAUAAGCAGGUCGUCUCGGAGAGGAAGGACACCUCACAGGACAGGAAAAUUCAACAUCACCGCCCAAGAGCAGAAUUCUUCCCUGGUGAUUCCAGCCACCAACCCUAACGACUACACCGUACCGAGUCCGUUCCGGUCAACCUCGGAUUCAGAAGAUGAGGAGGUGAUAGCAGACUCUCAGGCCGUACACAGUCAGACAGCCAGCAGUAGGAGGAGAGACAGCUUCAACUUGACGGUACCAGAGAGCAUGCUUGAACAUCUGAGGUUACAGAGGUCACAGCAGGCUGACGGCCAGUCGAGGGGCAAUAGGAGUGACCACCAUUCAGGAAUCUCCUUGGCUGACCAGCACAUUGACCAGCUUGAUCAGUAUGAUGGUCAUCAGGGAGGGGAGGAAGAAUUUGACCGCAGCAGGCAAGAGAUGUUUGAAGAAGGGAAUCAGUAUGAUGAUAGAAUGGCGUAUAGAAACGAUAAUGAUGAUGUAGAUGAUGAUGAUGAUGAAAGGACUGAGUAUACAAGCAGACUGGAGAAUAGGGAAAGGGAUCAUUAUGUUCAUCAAGAAAUGUAUGACAGAGAUGAUGGUCUGGAACAGUACCAAGAUGAGGAGAUGGAUGAUGAUCAGAGUGAACCUUCAGGCCAAUACAGGGAGAAAUCAGGCCAUGAUGAAUCAGAAAGCCUCAGAGAACAUGGAGGUGAUGGCUUAAAGAUUUUACCGGAAGGAGGAAUGUACAUGCUGCCAAUGAAAGUUAGUGAAAGCAGCAUUGAGGAGAAUUAUCGAAACACGAGCCAUGUUUCAGCUAGUAGUCGCAGUGACAUGUCUAACAUUGGAAUGGCUGAAGUUGAAAAUGGGACUUACGUUGGAAGAGAUGAAAGUGCAAGCAGAUCCCGUAGGUCGCUGUCAAAUAUGGAAAUGGCUGAUGCGGAAAGUGGGAUGUAUGUGGACAGAGAUGAUGGAGGGAACAGAUCCCGUAGGUCGCUGUCAAAUAUGGAAAUGACUGAUGCGGAAAGUAGGAUGUACGUGGGCAGAGAUGAGAUUGCAAGCAGAUCCCAUAGAUCGGUGUCAAAUAUGGAAAUGACUGAUGUGGAAACUGGGAUGUAUUUGAAUAAAGAUGAGAGUACGAGCAGAUCCUAUAGGUCAUUGUCAAGGUCGAGAGAUGAUCUUGCUGCCAGUAGGUCGGAUAUUAGUAGGAGAAGGCAGAGUUCAUUCUCAGCAGUGAGUCCUGAGGUUGAUACUAUGACCAGGCACCUGAGUACAAGCGUGGACCUGGAAAGGUCCAUGAGGGCUCGAGACCAAGAGAGAAUGGGUAGAUACAGUGAGGGCCACAAAAGUAGGUUUGGUUCUCCAAGCAGGAGUGAAAAAGACCUGCGAUUAAGUGAUGGUCACUUGCAUGGGAAAGGAUCCCCAUUUGAUAUGCAGAGGUUGAACUCCAGUUAUGAACAUCAAAACCGAGAGAAUCAGUCAAGAUCAGCUUCCAGAAGUGUAGGAAAUCGUUCAUCAAGGGACCUGAAUAUAAGUUCAAGGUCAAGGCACAGCAGUGGUGAAAGUUUCUCUUCUUCUAGAAAUCCUCAUACAUCAUCCAGGUCAUUUGAUGGGGAUCCACAGACUUCUAGGCGGGACAGGUUUCAUGCUGAAAAUAUGGGCCAUGCUACUCUCACAGAUGAUAUGUACCAGUCACCACGGAGCUUGUUAUCUGGUCGUCGGAGCCCCAGUAUUGCCUCCACCCCUCGGGUUCAAGAGGACUGGGAGUCCGGCAGCGAGCGGGGGGAUGGGAACAGCCCCCUGAAGGCGGUCACACCCUCCCCCGUUGUCUCCCCUCGAGGGGCCAGCCCUGCAAGCUCCUCCCACAGGUCACAGGGGUCAGCCAGAAUGUCAAGAGUGUCUGAUGGAGUCUCAGGUGGUUCAAUGAUGUCCUCAAGGUCACAACAGCCACAGCAGUCACCUAGGACUCGAAGCCAGGGAGGAAGAACCCCACUAGGGUCAUUGACCUUGCCGCAGUCAGAAUCCCGGACAAGAUCAGGGACUUUACAAAGUCAAAGGUCAACUCCAGUACUUCUAAGGUCAUCGCCAAGGCUUCAAGGGUCACCAAGUGCUUCUCUGAGGUCAACAUCAAGGUCGAUGCAAAGAUCAUCUCCAAGGACACCAGGGUCAAACAAAGGCACACCGAAAUCAGAGAAAUCUGUCCUAGGUAGCAGCACUAGACAUAUGGGGCUGUCUCAGGCUUCUCCUGUUAUAGCAGGGAAAAGACAUGGCUCAGCUGAGGUGGACGCUCUUCCCCAUCAGACAAUGCUGUUUUCCCCCCCAAUAGCCUCUACCCAGAACAUCGGGGCUCUCUCCCGCCGCCUCUCCCCCCAGCCAUCAACAUCUAGACAAAGUAGAAUCACCGACUUUGUACAGCAGACAGAAGGCGAAAAUACAAACAUAACCUCCACUGCAGCAGAAAUAACAGUAAAAAGCCCAAAGAAGAAGGUUGUGCGAAAACCUCGUCAGAAGUCUCACUACCUGAUACCAACUUCAACAGUGAAGAAACAUUUCAACCAUUUUGCCGGCAUGCGUGUGGCCAAGGACGCUAUUGAGGAGGUCAUGAAAGUGUCUGAGACAUACUGGGAUAACUUGUGUGCGGACUUGGAGGCAUACGCCAGACAUGCUGGCAGGAAACGCAUACAGAUGGCCGACUUUGAACUGCUCUUCAAGAGGCAAGGCUAUGUAACAGAGAAGACCAGUCUUAACUCCUUGAUUCGUCGCUACCUUCCCUGGGAAGAAGCUGAUAAACUAAUACCAGUCAUUGGUGCAGACAACAAGAUAUACCCAAAACUGUAGACUGCUACCACCGACCAUGUGGUUCAAUAUUGGUGAUUUAAUACCAGUCAUUGGGGCGGACAACAAGAUAUACCCAAAAGUGUAGACUGCUACCACCGACCAUGUGGUUCAAUGUUAGUGAUUUAAAACCAGUCAUUGGAUUGAACAACAAAAUAUACACUGAAAUAAACACAGCUAUUUCCUUGUGGUUUAUAAUUGAUGAUUUAAGUCCAGGCAUUGGGGCAGAGAACAUUAUAUAUCUUAAAAUUGGUGAUUUUAGAGCCGUCAUUGAGGCAGACAACAAGAUAUACAUGUUCUACCAAUAAUAUCAACACCGUGAUCGCAGCAGACAACAAAAUAUACCUAAACUGUUGACCGCUGUCAUAAAGUGUUCAAAACAGUCAACCAUGUGAUGUUUGUGGAUAUAUAUAUAUAUAUAUAUAUAUGUAUAUCGUAAAAGAAAAAGUUUUCUGUUUUCUUUUUAAUAAUAAAAGUGUCAUGGAAUCAGUGUAAUUAUGUAGCUUGACCAUUAUGGUAAUGUAACCAUUCAUUUUCAUUUAUUGAAAAAGAAUUUCAAGUCUGAAUCAACAGUCAUGUUACAAAAUGUACAUACAAGGCAAGGAUAUGAUCAUCAAGGAUAUCAUUUGGUAUUCAAAUGUGUAGAUGCAUAUAGAUAUUGUUUUGAGAUAAUGUCUGUAAAGAAAUAUUUCCGCUGUAUAACACUUUGUUGUUCAUAAAAUAAUUUGAUGACAAUGACUAUAUAUAGUUUAUAUGUUGUUGUUUUUUCCAGGAAAAGUCAAGGUAUUGUCAAUUCAAAUGAAACUUGGUACACGUGUUGCUAGAUACGCAUAUGUAAAUCAAAGCCCGUAACUCUGAUCAUAAGUAUUAUCAAGUUAUGCCCAUUUGUUACUAAAAUACAUACAAAUUCUUUAACCUUGGCAAUAAGAAUCAUUUAUGUAAGUCAUAUAAUGAUUAAAAUAUUAUACUAGUAUUUUUAUGUUCCUUGUGUUUUACAUCAAUAAUUAAUGUUGUUAUAUCAAUAUUAAAUCAUAGCAUUAACUCUGGUUAAAGACCUAAGGCAGGGCUCUGUUAGCGGCGUAGAUGCACCAUGUUUCAUUUAAAAUGGUGAAGAAAUAGAAAAGUUACCUUUGUUUAAAUUCUUCAUUUGAAGCAAAAUAUUGCUUUCCAACACAGCAUUUGUGACGCAAUUUAUCACCUGGUAUAUACACACUGUAUACCAUAUGUAAAGAAAAUGACCAAACAAGGUCUUAGUAGAGCAUGGGGCCUUGUGGGCCUCUUGUUAUAAUAUAUUUGGAUUUGUUAUACUAGUUAUUAACUACAGUACAGCAAAUUCUUUCAUUUAAGCACCAUUGAGUUCCAAUCCUUAUUAAUAUAAGGCCUAAAAAAAAUUAUGUCCAUUUCGGGUAACUCGACCCUACCUAUAACAAUGCGCCGACCCUAACUAUUUUUUUCCGUUUCUGAGCAAAAAAUAUAUUCGUUAGCGAAUAGAGUUACGAAGGGCGGAUAAAUGCAGAUUUUAAUCAAAAUUAUUGUUAAUAUGAUAAAACAAAGUCAGGCAAUGACAGUAAUGUAGGAAAGACUGCCAUGUGCAAGAAAACACUCUGAACUUAGGACAGAUUUUGAAAAAAAAUCAAUAAAAAAAAUCCCUACCUACCCUACCUAGAAAUUUUGGGACAGUUACCUUAAAAAACAAUUUUUUUUUUGGCCUAAUCAAUAUUAAAUCAAGAUAUCCUCUUAUAAUUUCCUGGAGCAGACAUGAAGAAUACAGCUUCCUGACCUUUGACACAAAAUCACGGCCUUGACCUUGGAGGGUCAUGGUUGGAACAUGCUAUCAGCUUGUCGGCUUGACAUGAUUAAUAAUAGAACUGGAUUACUCCAUUGCUUUUUUAGCAAGCGCCAUAAGGUUCAAACAAUAAGAAAUUCAAUCAAACUUAUGAGGCAAAGCUUACUUUAAAAUAAGUUGGCGUACAUGAUUAAAAUAAUGCAUUCAUAUGGCCAUAUACUUGAAUCGUUUACAGAAAAGUUAGUACAGGAAGCGUCUGAUAGGAUCCUGGAUUUUUGUACAUUCUGUUUUGAAAUCUGUUGAGUAAAAGCAGACUCCAAACUGUGUUCCUGCUGUUUGGGUAUGUGACUUAGAAAAAUGCUGAACCUAACUGGCCUAUUGAACCAUUAAAUUUGAAUCAAUUGAUACGGUUCGGUUGAUACUGCACUUCUGUCUGCACAUGCAGCAUUGAAAAUACUUUCUAGUAUUUGAGUAUUGCUUCAAGAAGCGAAUCCAGGGAUGAUGAUAUUUAGGAUUACUGUGAAAUCAGGAAUGAGAGCUUUAACUUUCAGUCUUAUAGAUGUGUUUGUUUAGAUUGUUCUUCGAUUGAUAUAAAUUGCAUUAAAACAAGAGAUGUUUGUCAAACAUUAUGCCCCCCUGAGCGCCAUGUUGUCAGGAUUAUAUGGACAAUUGAAUGAAAUAUGCAUGGACCGAAAUGACAGCUGAUUUGUCGCUAACAUUGUAUGCCGUUGAGGCAGUUUUAAGAUUAUGACCAUUCAAAGUUUGAGGAUAGAGUG